AUGAUUUUGGUGUUUCCGCUGUUACUUUCAUUAAUUUCGACUGCCAAAGCGGGUUUUCGGGAAACACCGACUAAUCAAUCCGUAUUAUUUGGACAUGAUGCCGUAUUUCGAUGUGUUGCUGAAAAAUCAGCAACAAGUGAAGAAUUAUACAGCCAGUGGCGUAGUAAUACCGGAGCGCUUCUAGGAUUUCAUGAUGUUGGACAAUUAGCUGGACAUCAAGGCAGAUACAGUUACCUCAAGUCUUCUCGAGAAGAGUUACAUCUUCGUAUUGAACACGUGAACUUGGACGAUGAUGGACAAUUUGAAUGUCAAAUGCUACGCCCGGAUGAGGGUCCAAUUCGAGCGGCAGCAUACCUCAAUGUUAUAGUUCCUCCAAAGAUUGUACAGUUUGCAAAUUAUCAAUCGGGUGCUGUUAUUGAUGUAAAUGAAGAAAUCCUACUGAAUCUUACAUGUGUUGUUCCGAACACAAAGCCAGAAUCCCACAUUGCUUGGUACAUCAAUGGACGGAAAAUUGACGAAGGUAUACAACAUUGGAGUACGUAUAAUCUCAAUAAGACCUCAUCCAGUUAUGCGGCUCUUCAAUGGCGUCCAAGAAGAAGUGACUACAAAAAAGUGUUGACGUGUGAAGCAAAUCAUCCGGAAAGUCAACGACAAAUCCGUACAAAUCUUACACUGAAUGUAUUAUAUCCACCCGAUCAACCAAAAGUAUCCAUGAUUGGUGAUUCCUAUGUGAGAGCUGGCGAUAAUGUAACAUUAGCAUGUGUGGUCGCAGGUGGUAAUCCACCACCAGAAGUAUCAUGGUACCUGAAGGAUCGUCUACUAAGCGCACGAUUCCAUUACGAUCCUCAAACACAGGAAACCAGGAACUCCUACUCUUUCUUAGCGGAGCCAGAGGAUAAUUUGGCAAAUUAUGAGUGCCGAGGCUCGAACAGACAAGGACGAACACCGAAAACUCGUUCAAUUCACGUUAAAGUUGCCUAUGCACCUCAAGGAGUGGAGAUGAUCGGUGAAAGUAAUGUUCGACAAGGAAGUGUCACUGUCGUUCAAUGUAGAACCCAGCCAUCGAAUCCAGCGUCACGAAUUUCAUGGCUUGUUAAUGGUCAUCCUAUUCCGGCCACUUUACAAAGCGAACAUGCACAGGCUCAUGGCACCAUCUCCAUCUCAAACUUGACAAUAAACACUAAUGAACUGAUGAUUGGCAAACACCACAUUACUGUAGAAUGUAAUGCCAGAAAUGAUGAAGGAUCCGCUUCAAAGCAGCAUGUGAUCAAAAUUUUGGCUCCUCCUUUACCUCCACGAAUAAGUGGCCUCGAAGAAGGUAUACACCUAGAAGGGAAUGUUGUGAACGUAACGUGUGAAGCACAUGGUGGAAAUCCACUAGCAGAUAUUUCUUGGUAUAGAGGAUAUGAUAAGCUGCCUGGAGCACGUUCGUCAGUUUCUGGAGACUCAGCCAUCUCAUUUUUGUCAAUCACUCUUGAGAGGACGAUGAAUGGUCAACGACUCAAAUGUGAAGCAAUGAACUCAGCGCUAGAUGAACCUCUUAUCGAUUCUAAGCAACUGAAUGUACUAUUUCAACCAAGGCGACUGAUGAUUCGAACACCUGAAGGGAUGAGACAUCAACUUCUUGCGGGCGAAGAGGCUAGACUUCAUUGUCUAUCUUCUGGAUCAAAUCCACCAGCAUAUAUCACAUGGAAUUUUCAUCCGAAUGGAGAGAUGACGCCACUUGUUUUUACGGGAGAAGUUAUUCUAAAUGAUACGUCACGAGAUUCUGGAUAUACAGUGGAAAAUGCAGUCACAUUUACACCAACUGAAGAGUACGACGGCACAUUGAUUCGAUGCAUAGCAAGUAAUCCCUUGUGGCCAACAUCGAAGAAUGUCACAUAUCCACUAAAUGUGCUAUAUGCACCACGAUUACUGGUGAAUAGCCCAAUUAGUGUGGUUGUUGCGGAAGGAGAUUCAUUCCGGGAGAAUCUUACUGUAAAAGGAAAUCCACCAGUAUCAGCAUGGCGAUGGCGUAAAAAUGGUGUCCCAUUCGAUCAUACCAUAGGGAAUGUGUUUGCUCGUGGAGCCACUCUAUCCGGGAGGAAUGUUAAGAAUUCUGAUGCUGGAAUGUACACAUUAUUCGCGGUGAAUAGCGUGGGAACGGCCAACGUAACUAUCCAGUUAACCGUUGAAUACAGUGCAAGGAUUGUGAGCAUCUCUUCACCGAUUAUCGCAUCUGAAGGAGAAACGGUGAUGUUGGAAUGUGAAGCAGAUGGAGAACCACGUAGACCUGACAUGGUACGAUGGAUACGGAAUGGAGACGAGAUUCCAUCAGUGAAGCGAAGUGAAACUCAUGUAACUCUUCGUUUGAACGCUUCCAAGGAAGCUAGUGGUCAGUACGUUUGCCAAGCGGACAAUGGAAUUGGAUUUCCUGGAGAAGGGACUGCUUAUUUGCUUGUAAACACCGCUCCAACGAUAAUAACCCUGCCUGUUUUGUCCAGAGCCGCUGGACCUCUCGGAGGUCGAGCUCGUGCGAGAUGCAGAGCACAUGCUGUUCCGGAUGCUGAAUUUAUCUGGAGUAGAGCUGGAGAAAUCAUUCAAGGAAAUAACACAAAAUAUGGGAUGUCGACAAUACAACUCGAUUAUUCUACCUUUGAGAGCACAUUAUGGAUUAGCAACAUAUCACCAGACGAUUAUGCUCGUGAAAUCAGUUGCACCGCUCGAAAUAGUUUUGGCACCGAUAGCAUACACAUUCCGAUAGGACCACCAUCUCCUCCGGAUGCACCGCUCGAUAUUCAUGCAACCAAUAGUACAGCGAACACUAUUUCUAUUUCAUGGACUCCUGGAUUCGAUGGUGGAUCUGAUCAGACGUUUGAAAUCAGAUAUCAGAAAGAUGGCGAAGAUAUUAUGCACGGAAUCAAUACCUCACAUUCGAAUCUUCGAUUAUCCGGUCUGGCACCGUCGUCCGUGUAUCUCUUCCAGCUUCGUUCAAUCAAUAGUAGAGGAUUUUCAUCUGAACUAACUCGACCACCGGCUGCAUUUGCAACCUUAAGCGAGGAUGGGACGACUAUUGCUGUCCUUUCCGGAAAGAAGGAAUCCAUACCACGACCAAUUAUUAUGCUACUUGCAAUCGGUGGCACAUUAUUGCUGCUUUUCAACUGUCUUCUUCUUUGUUAUUUGCAACGUCGUAACAAGAAAAAGAAGAUACAGGAGAAAACUGAAAUGGUGCGAACAGCCAUAAAUGGGGAUGGGGUUAGACCUGUGCAAAUGUACGGAACUAUGCUUCAAUCCGAAGGAGCUGUUCACUGUGAGCGUGAGGAACCUGAUAUUCCUGAAGCGAGUGAGGACGAUCAUAGCGUACGAACCAUGAUUGAAGUGAAUCCGAACGGUUACAUGCAACAAAUAGAUCCAACUUUAUACGACAGAAAUUGUCUGAUGGAGUACGAAUUUGAACCUCGAGAAUAUCCUGGUAGUAGACAUGGGACAAUGGGAAGAAGUGGUACAAGCACAUACGCUAACAUGCCUUAUCCUGAACCACCUCAUGAUGCAUCCAUGUAUCCGGAUCGAUCACUAUCCAGACGCUAUUUUCCAAAUAAUAACAAUAACAGUCCACAACAUUUGCUUUCAACGUUCAUACAUCCAAGUGGUGUACGAGCAGGACCUAUUUCAUACUCUCAGCUAGAUGGCGACUUAGUCUGA